AUGAAUAGAUUUACGCUCAGAUUUGAAGAUGCUGCUCUAGAAUAACAAUAUGAAUAAAACUAAUUUGAAAUGUAUAGAACUAAAUCGAAUUACUACUUUUUACUUAUCUUUCUAGUAAUUUGUGUUCUCUAGUUCAUUUCAGAAUGGUUAUAUUGCUCAUUGUAAACUGGACUUGCCUGGAAGUUAAUCAAUAUCUCCUUGAUAUUGUUUACUUUAAUUUUUCUUUGCAAGUAUCCUCAAUUUGUAAAAUAUGCUAUAUUCCUCGAAAAUCUAAUCUUGAUUUCUCAAAAGUUAUAACACUUUUAUUCACAUAUUGAUCAUGAAGAUUAAAUAACAGAUCUAAUUACCCUCACAGAUUUAGAAUAUCACUUACAUAUUUUGUAAGUUUUUGAUAUUGGUUGUCUUUAAAUUGUAUUAUCUUUGGCUAACAACAUUUUAAUGGAAUACUUAAUAAGUACUCGAAUCAACAUCAUGUAUAUUCUAAAUUACAUUUUAUGUGCUUCUAUUAAAAUAAUAAUAACAUAUCUCUUCAAAGAAUGGAGUAGAAAACAAUUUACACUUUUUUUAAAAGACUAAAUCUGGUAACAGUAGCUGCCAAAUAUAAUCUAAAAACCAUUUUUCAAAUUUACUUUAGACACUUUUACAAAGCAAUUUAGAACGAUUUUAUGCAAUCAAAUUGACAAGUUUCCUUCAUAUGAUGAAAAUUUUUGUGAUGGAUGCAAUUUAAGAUCAUUCCUUCGAUUUUGUUAUAGAGAUUAGAAAACAUUAGAGUAAAAAUUACUUGAUGAUUAUAUACAUAAGAAAAAUACAUAAGUAAAUAAUAAUCAAGAUGUCUUUUACAGCCAUAAUCUAAAACAUUAUUCCAUUCGUAUAUGCAAUCUUAAUGUAGAAAGAUUUAAAUGUUUAAUUAUUUUAGAAGAUUAUUAACAUAAAUAAAAAUAAUCGAUAUCAAAUAAGUUAUUCAAGAAACAAUUAUUAAAAUCAAUGUCUUCUAGUUCUAAUCAUAUAAGUAAUAAAUUUUUUAAAUUGGGCAUGUACACAAUACUAUCAAUUAAUAAUGAACAAAUUGGGAUAGUAAACAUGUAUUUACUACUUGAAAGAUUGUCCUCUUAUUAUAAUUUUUUGAACUUACAAUUGUUACCUAUCCAAGGAUAGAAUUGUAAGUAGUUUCUAAUAAGAACAUACAGCUAAUAAUUAGUUAGUUUUAUGGUAUGUAUCUUUAAUAUUUUCAUUUAAAUAUAAAAGAGUAUAAAUAAGAAGAUACUUCUUAAAAUUGAAAUCCUUGAAAGGGAUACUAUAAGUAUUUAAAUAGAUGGAGUUGAUCCUAAAGUAUUUUUAGAAGAGUAUAAAAUGAAUCUAUUCUUGGUUUAAGUUGAAAAACAGCUUUUGAUAUCUCCAAUUCGGGAUUCGUUAAAGUUUUUAUUUUAAUCUUUAAAGGACAAAGAAGUAUUGGAGAUGAAAUAUUAUUAAAACGAUUUAUGA